GCUGACGGCUUUUCUGUGUGUACAGAAAUCAUAAAUGAGAGAAAAAUCGCCAAUUGUGUUAAACACAGAUUGUAGUCAAAGGAAAGGAAAUAUUUAGGAAUUAAGAGUACACGACGGACUAUAAAGUAUUUCUCGAAAUGAGCGCAAAGCGGCCGUUCUGUUUCGUUUGUGGCAAAGUGAAGUCUGUUGGCGUCCUUCAGCUCAUUGAAGGAUGCAUCGUACCUGGCACUUUUAAGCCCAUCAAAGAUAUACUGAAAUACUUUGAGAAGGUAAUUAAUCAACGUUUGGUACUGACGCCAACGUCCGUUGCUUGUCGGGAUUGCUUGGAGUAUCUGUUUAACUACGACCGGCUUGUUAGAAAUCUCAGUCAAGUGCAGCGUCAAAUUGCCGACUCCUUGCUGAGUUGUCGCAAAAAAAAGACGACAUAUCUGGCGCCAAGGAAAGAGGUUGUCAAAGCAAAAGCGCCUGACUCGAAAUCAAGAAUCCCAGAUGACGAGUCGCGGCAUAACUCAUUGUCCGAAGAUGUAAAGGACGAGCAACAAGAUGAUCAGUAUUCCACAAUGAGCGAUGAGCAGCAUCAAGAGUGUCAAUACAGCGAGAGCGAGGAGAGCAUGGAUGCAUCAGAUGGCGAUGACAAUCUUGAUAUUCCCUGUCACAUAUGUGGCGAACUGUUCUCAAAUCAAGAUUCCCUCGAGCGGCACAUCAAAACGGACAAUUGUCAAAAGAACGAAUUUGCCACCUGUAAUAUCUGUGGCCUCAAAGUGAAAGACGAGGAGGUCCUUGAUUUGCAUAUGAACCUGCACGAGGGCAAAACUGAAUUGGAGUGCCGCUACUGCUCGAAAAAGUUCUCGCACAAGCGCAACGUGCUGCGCCACAUGGAGGUGCAUUGGGACAAAAAGAAGUAUCAGUGCGACAAAUGUGGGGAACGUUUCUCCUUAUCAUGGCUGAUGUACAAUCACCUAAUGCGCCACGAUGCCGAAGAGCACGCCCUGAUCUGUGAUGUGUGCCAUCAGCAGUUCAAAACGAAGCGCACCUACAAACAUCACCUGCGAACCCAUCAGACUAACCGGCCACGCUAUGAGUGUCCUGAUUGCGAGAAGUCCUUCGUCGACAAGUAUACGUUAAAGGUACACAAGCGUGUGCAUUUACCCGCUGAAUCAACAAAGUCUACAGCAGAUUAAUAAUAAGCUAAACAUAACACGAAGACAUAGUUUAUUAAAAAUGUGUAUGAUUUUAUUAUGUCA